UCCUUGCCUUCAUUUCUCCACAGCAAAGUCUGGCCGUUCCCUUUAAACACUCGCAAACGCGAAACAAAAUUCACAAACCCAAACGGAACUUAGAGAGAAGAAAGAGAUCUCUCUCGUAGGGUUUUGGGUCAUUGAGAUUUGCUUCCAUGGCGAAGAAGAGAAAAUCCGAUGCCACGCGCCUGGACGAGGUGGAUCGGAGUAUGUACACGACCUUCUGCACCGGCGCCAACUCCCUCUCUCAGCUCUACGCGCAGGCCAUGAAUCAGCAGCGUCUGUCAUUCCAGGCGGGGGAACGACAUUCACUGGAUAAAUUUUACCAAUGGAUAUUGACUCAGCAGGAAGAAGGGUUGCGAGUAUCAACAGCUGAUAUAGUUGCUUAUUUGCAGAAUGAACUUGAAUAUGCUGCAGAGGAAUCCCCAAUGUCCCCCCGGUUGCCAUUUCAGCAUCAACCCUCCCAGGCGUCAAUGCAUUUUGCAAAUGCAGGUCCUCCUGUUUCUUCCAACGGGUUUGUGCCCCAAAGUGCUGGGCACGGGCUUCGUUCUAGUUCUGGGCAACCUGAUCAUCAAGCAAAGAACUCUGUUUUCUCAAACGCUCUAUCCAGCCCCAUUCGUCGAAGCCUUCAGCACUAUCACCUGGCACAGGGUGGCUCCCAUUCAACUAAUCCCAUGCCAUCUGGAAACGGAACUCGAGGUAAUGAAAACAACUACGCCACUAACCAAACCACAGAUGUUGUUUCUCCCAGCUCCAACGAUUGCAUGGACAUGCAUGCGGAGAGUCCAAGUCAUGAAUUUCCUUACUGAAGUUUCUACAUCACAUGUGUCCAGUAUCCUGAUAUGUCUUUCAUUGUUUCUGGUGGUUAAAUUUGUGCAGAUACAAACCUUGAAAUUUCAUUGCAUGUGUAGUGUAUUUAUUUCCUGCCACACAGUUCUUUGAUAAUUGGUGUCUAGAAAAAAUUAUACUGCACCAUUAACCCAUGAUUGAUAAGUGAUAACCAUUAAUCUUAUGAACUCUUGCAUGCGUGCCCAGUCGAUAGGUUUUUACAAGUUCUGGCUUGACAUCAAAUGUCAUUAAGUUUUAGGUUGGUUUUAUUAUAUAUUCCAAAAGAGUGAAAGACUAGUCUGUAUAAUAACACUAUCAGAUUAUGAAUUUAUAUGAUGCUACUGUUCCUGGUUCUGUUGUGCA